GACUGGCGUCAUUGACAGAAGCUCCAUUAAUUAUGUUGCAUGUCGUAUCCGUAAGUGAUUUUAAUCUCUAGCUUCUAUCGUUUGAAAUAAUAAAAAAAAAAAAAUUCCCAAGUAUUGACAUAUUGGCAUCUUAUAUAUUUGGUGUAUGGGAUAAUGGCCUCGUAAGUGAGACGUCCAUUAGAAUAGAACCCGAUCUAUAAGAAUACAAAACUCACGCUUCAAGACAAAGCAAAGUGUUUGUCUUGGUUUUCUUUAGUUGACGUAGCAGUCGGGAUUCAAUUCUGUCUUAACAAUAUGCACCAUAAAAUCGGUGUUUGUUGAGAUGUUUAUGUGCAUUAAAUAGGAUGUCGAUGUUAAUCUGGUUUAUGUGCAUAUUCGGCACCGUGUGCCUGGUUGACCCUUGUGUUAGUGUUUCGUCUGGCGGGACAAGACGUGGUGACGUCAGGCUGGUGAAGACUUUAAUACGACACGAACGAUGGACGUCUGUGUCCGUUGUGUACCAAGAUCACACAUGUGUUAGUUUGUUGAAAGCAGCACUGUCGGAAAUUGGCGUUUUAACAAGUUUCUUUGAUGCCAGGAACAGCAGCACGGCGGAUAUUUCUGAUUUUGUUUCCUUCAAUCCACCCAUCCCUGUCGUUCUUCUGAGCUCUAACAAGACAUUUGUGAAGCAAAUUAUCUGGCAGGAAUGCUUCAAGAAAAAGAGAACUCCUUUAGGACCUCAACAAUACUGGCUUUUUGUGUGGCCAGAAUCCACCACUAUCACAGAGCUGUCGCCGAUGUUCUUAGCAUGUGUGACCCACGUGGCUGUCGUAAUCCCCAGCGAACCCCGGGACGGAUUACUGUCCAUGGAUCAGCCACGCACGAAAAUGACCUUCGUGUACACUCUGCUACAAACACGUGCCUCUGGCAGACGUCUACGACUUGCUGCUACCAUUAACGAGUGUGGAAACAUGACGACGUUCAGAAACAUCUUUCCCAACAAACACGGGUUUAACCAGGAACAUUUCACAGCAGCCACCUUACAGGUGAAGCCUUUCUUGUACAAGGAAGGAAGUCAGUAUGUUGGAUUCCUGGCCGAUAUUCUCAACUUCAUUUCAUCUCCUCUUAACUUCACAUACUCGUUUGUGGAAGCGCCGGAUGGAAAGUACGGAAGUGUUGACAAUGGUUCCUGGAACGGCUUGAUUGGCAUGUUGGUAAGACAGGAAACAGACAUAAUCAUGGCCGAUAUUAGCACAACCUAUCUCAGACAGAAAGUGGUGGACUUCACUCAUCCCUACAACUUCGACGUGGCCACCGUCGUCAUGCGGCGGCCCAUCGACGACAGCAGUUCGUACCUGAGCUAUAUACAGCUGUACAGGUGGGAGGUGCACGUGUGCAUCUGGAGCUCCAUUGUUCUUGCCUACCUGUUUGUCAAAGUUAUAGAGCGGGUGAAUCCGUUUUAUAGACACGGGAGAGUUGUGGACAAGGGAAAUCACUCUACACUGUUCUGGCUUCUGUAUGGGUCUCUCCUCAAGCAAGGAGGCCGCGAUGUAACGAAGGUGUCUCAGUCCAGGAGAGUGUUUCUGGGAACCUGGUGGAUCUUCGCCAUCAUCAUGUCCAGCAUCUACAGCGGCAACCUCAUCGCCUUCCUCACCGUCAGCAGGCUGAAGCUGCCCUUUGACACAAUAUCUGGAAUGGUACAGCAGGAUCGCUUUACGUGGGGGACGUAUGGUGGUUCAAACUAUAUUAAAUUUUUUGAGACAUCCAAAGACAAAGAUUAUCAAAAAGUUGCCGAGGGAUUUAAAAAGUUUCCUAAAGAAGACCCAUCAACCCUGAGCACCAAAGCAGAAGAACAUCGACUUAAGGUGUUGAAAGGGGACUACUGUUUUAUAGGAGGGAAGCCAACCCUGGAAUUCUGGGUCAGUCAGAACUGCCAGCUGAAAUUGCUAAAUGAAGGAUUCUAUUCUUUACUGUAUGGAAUUGUUCUGCCGAAAAAUUCACCUUACACAAAAGACUUUUCUGAUCAGAUAAUCGGUCUCCACGAGACUGGCAUAAUGGCAAUGAUGAAGACGAAAUGGUGGCCACAGAAUAGCUGCAACGACGAUGAACUGAAAUAUGCAAAAGCUAUCCAAUUAUCCGACAUUCAGUCUGCAUUCUAUGUUCUCGUUAUUGGGACCGUGAUGACAUUUAUAGUGCUGCUGUUUGAACUGUUGUAUUUUAAAUUGAAAACGCGCUGCCAAAGCUUUCAAACACAGAGCUAACAAAACGCUUCUAUUUUAUUUAAUUAUAAUAGCAUUCUGUUGUAGGAUCAUUCGAAUGUAUUGAAUAUAAAAUUAUGUUCAGCAGAUAUCUUAUGUGUGUAGUUAGGGGGAAAAUGCCCACAGGAAAUAAGCUUUAAUUAAUUUUGUGUGUUGAGUUUACUGUAUUUGAAAAGAGAUAAUAAAAUAUUAAAAACACUUA